AAAAAAUAAAGUGUUUUGGUUCAUCGAUUUCACUACGAAGACACUUUAAUGAACAUAGUAGAUGUUCCACAAUAUAUGCACUCUCUUCUGGUUAUUAUACUAUUGUUUACAUUUUUUUAAUGUUUAAAUCAACGUAAAGUUACAUGUCGCGUACAAUUCUAUCUACUAUAUUACGACAAUACAAUUUUCUGUGACAAUACACUUGUAUUCCGCCAAUUUUAAGGUAUGGCAAAUGUGGAGUAGCUGUGAUUCGGAUAACUGGUUCAAAAGCAUCAAUAGCUUUAAAAGAAAUGACUAAAAUGACAGCACUAAAACCACGAGUAGCUUUGCUAAGAAAUAUUCAUGAUCCAGAAACAAAAGAAGUUUUAGAUAAAGGUCUUUGUCUUUGGUUUCCAGGUCCUAAAUCAUUUACUGGAGAAGAUUCUGUAGAAUUCCAUGUUCAUGGAGGUCCUGCAGUAGUAACAUCAAUACUUAAUGCACUUACAAAAUUACAUUUUGAAUUAGCAUCUCCUGGAGAAUUUACUAAGAGAGCUUUCUUAAAUGGAAAAUUGGAUUUGACAGAAGCUGAAGGUAUAGGUGAUUUAAUUGAUGCAGAAACAGAGAAACAACGUAAACAGGCAUCUAAUCAAGCUAAUGGCUCUCUUCAUCAUUUAUAUAAUUCUUGGCGUAUAACUUUAUUAAACAUACUUGCUAGCUUAGAGGCUUACAUUGAUUUUUCUGAAGAGCAUGAUUUAGAAUCUAAUGUUUUGGAAAAUGCCAAAGCCACAAUACAAAAGUUAUCUAUUGAAAUUCAGCAGCAUCUUUCUGAUGGAAGAAAAGGAGAAAUUUUGCGUACAGGAAUACGUGUGGCAAUUCUUGGACAACCAAAUGUAGGAAAAAGUAGUCUUUUAAACCUUCUUUCCAAAAGAGAUGCAGCUAUUGUUUCAGCUUUUCCAGGAACAACAAGAGAUGUUAUAGAAUUGACAGCAAAUAUAUGUGGAUAUCCAAUGAUUCUUGCAGACACUGCAGGAAUACGAAAUGAUCCAGAAAAUGAAAUAGAAGUAGAAGGCAUUAGAAAAGCAAAAGAAUGCUGUAAAAGUGCAGAUUUUGUUAUAUGUGUAAUCAGUGCAGAAAAUAGUUUUGAAAGUUCUUUUGAAGAGUUUUUAGAAAAUUAUAAGAGUACUUUGGGUAUAGAAAAAGAAAAAAUUCUUAUAGUAUUAAAUAAAGUAGAUUUAUUGGAAAAGAAAGAAAAAGUAAAGUAUAAAAAUCACAAUGUUGUUUCUAUUUCAUGUAAAACACAAGAAGGCUUGAAAGAACUUAUAGAAGCAUUAGGAAAAUGUUUUGAAGAAAUAUGUGGUGAUCCAUCCAUGGAAAAUCCUGUGAUUAGUCAUACACGAUAUAGAAAUCAUUUAUCACGUGUUAUAGGACAUCUGGACAAAUAUUUAGAAAGGACUAAAGUUUUAAAUUAUGAUAUGGCUAUAUCUUUGCAAGAUAUUAGAGGCGCAGCAAGAGAACUAGGAAAAAUAACUGGUUCUAUUAGCAAUGAAGAAAUUCUUGAUGUCAUUUUUAAAAACUUUUGUAUUGGAAAAUAAAAGUUACUUAAAACAUAUAAAUAUUGCUAUCACAUUAUUAA